UCACCCAUUUGAGUAACUUCAGGACAUGCAGUCUGCGUCUUCCUUCUCACGAUGCUUUACAGCGCCUUAUUGUCACUUGCAGCAUUUAUGUUUUGUCUUAGUGUUUUCCUGGUGCACAGAGCCAGUGUUUUAGAAAAUGAUUUGCGCAAACUCCAAGGGGAAAUAAUUCUACAAUUCAAUCAGCCACGUUCUGAGGGAGUCAAUGGGAAAAUGGCCAAGAUGUCUGAAAGAAGGGAGGACAUAAAGCCAAGUACUUUCCCAAACAGUCUGAGUUCUCUGAAGGUUUCUUCCAGGAGAGUGAAACGGCAACAGGGCAGCUGCAGAGCUCCAACAUCAUUCCUGCAGUUAACAGCUAACACUAACAAACAGCCAGACAUAAAAGGAAAUAUAACCGUAAUCCCUUGGACUGUUUCUGCGCAGCAAGGAAAUGCAAUUUCACAAAAGGAAAACAGAAUUGUUGUCCAAGAAGAUGGAUAUUACUUGGUGUUUGGACAAGUGUUGUUCAAAAGCCCAAGUACAGUCAUGGGUCACAUCAUUCAAAGUUUGAGCUCCACUAGAACGGAGAGGACACCAACACAACUCUUGUGCUGCCUGCAGGAGAUGCCCGAUAAAACUCCAGCCAAUACGUGUUACACUGCAGGUGUUGUGCAGCUGCUUCAGGAUGAUGAGCUUGAAUUGGUGAUCCCGUACAGGCCCCAUUCCCUCAUUUCUAUGGACGCAGACUCCACGUUUUUCGGUGUCAUACAGCUAAACUGAAACGAGACAGUAAGAUGAUGAUA